CGACGAACAACGAUGGACGUGCAGCACGACUGCGACUCGGACGAGUUGGAGAUGCUUGAGGAGGAGGCUGAGGAGGAACAAAUAGAAGACUCCGAGAUCGACCUUCUCGUCGAGCAAGCUGCGCUCCUCUAUCCGCCUGAGCGGGUCGAUGAGAUGGUGACGGAACUCAAGCAGCUAGGUUUGGUCCGCUUCAUGCAGAACCAUGUCGUCGGUCUCUCCAAGGACCGAGUCAAGGCGCUGAUCAUUGCCCUUGGUACCCUCUUGCCAAGUAAAAUGCGCAACGACGAUCUGCCGUUGGCCUUUUACGUGACGGUUCUCAAGACGGCACUUGCGCGCAUCCUUCGUCGGAGAGAGAAGCUGCCGCUGUACAACACCGUCGAUGACGUAAUUGAUCUCAUCACCCGGUCGAACAAUAUUGUCGUUCUGGGUGGUGCGGGCAUCUCGACGUCUUGCGGGAUACCUGACUUUAGAUCUAAGGACGGAAUCUAUGCUCAGCUUCAAAAGGAGGGAAAGUAUGACCUCGCGGAUCCACAGGACAUGUUCGACAAGGAAUACUUUUUGCAGGAUCCUUCAUGCUUCUUUUCGUUUGCGCACUCGAUCUUUCCGUCCAAUUUUGUCCCUUCGCCCUCGCAUCGCUUCAUCAAGCUCCUCGAAGAGAAGGACAAGCUGCUGCGCAACUAUACCCAGAACAUUGACACGCUCGAGGAGGCUGCUGGGAUCAAAAGAGUCCUCCAUUGCCACGGCAGCUUUGCCGAGGCACAAUGCACAACGCCUGGGUGUGGGAGACGAGUGCUCGGGUCAGCCAUCAAAGACGACAUCUUUGCGCACAAUGUCCCGACUUGCCCGGACUGUGCUGCAAGAGAGGAAGCCAAGAAGCUACAGCGAGCAAAGGCGAAGAAGAGCAAGGGAGGCUCGCUAUGGGACGACAACGAUGAUGACGAUGACGACAAUGCCUUUCCUGGUCUGGGUGUCAUGAAGCCCUGCAUCACCUUCUUUGGCGAGAAGCUCUCCGACGACUUUGACCAUUGCCUAUUGGAGGACCGUGAAAAGGUAGAUCUCCUCAUCGUCAUGGGCACCUCUCUCAAAGUGGCGCCCGUCUCUGAGCUCGUCGGUCACCUGCCCCACUCGACGCCUGUGAUUCUCAUCAACCGCACACCCGUCGUGCACAUGGCCAUGGACAUCCAACUACUGGGCGAUGCAGACAUCAUCGUGGAUCAUCUCUGUCGACGACUUGGCUGGACGCUUCCACCGCCCAAGCCAAAUACCGAUGUGCUGGGCGGCCAGAGCGCGGCGAAAGAGAGCGAAGGUGAAGGAGGCCCGGCAGAAGGGGCUAUGAAACCCGAGAGACUGGCCGAUAGCCACAUUUGGCUUUUUCCCGGCGCUGAGGCCAACGAGCUCAUCGAGGCAUUCAAGACGGCAGACGACGAAGAGGGAGACGACGAAGAAGAACGCUCCGACUCACAGGGGCCGACUACGCAGGAGCUCCCUGUCCAGACGCAGACGCAGACGCCGAGCUUGGAUCCUUCCCAGACUCGCUUUGAGGGUCCAGCACAAUCUGUGUUGGAGGUCAACGGCGGAUUGCAAUCCGGUGCAAAGAGAGGCAGGAGUGACGAGGGGCAGGCUACCACAGCGCCCGUCCUCGAGAACAGGGACAUUGUCAAAAAGCAGAGGAGGGAAGAAGAAUAGAUUGACGAGGACCGAUGAGGAUUUGUACAAGUAUCGAGCCGCAAUUCAUCAGAGAAGAGUAGAGGUAGA